GUAAACAGCGCACGGCAUUUCGGGAGCGGGAUUGUUUCGCGCAGGAAGCAGGCUCCAUUUUAGCGCCGCCCGCCGUCGCCAUCUGUUUCCCUUCCCUCCCCCAUACCCUCGCUCGAGUCUGAGCCCUAACGAGGAGGCGAGGCUUAGGCCGCUGGAAGCUGGAGUGAAAGGAAGGGAGAAAGGGAAAAAGAGGGAAGAGUCGAGAAGGCUGAGCGUUAAAGAGGCCAAGUGCUACGCGCGCAGCCGGGCGGACGGACUGACGGACGGGCCCGUGCUUCUGCCGCGGCUGCGGCACCCGCGCGAGUCGCGUCUAAGCGGCGGCGGCGGCGGCGGCAGCGGCGGAAACCGAAGGGGAGCAAUGGCGGCCGACAGUCGGGAGGAGAAAGAUGGAGAACUUAAUGUUCUAGAUGAUAUUUUGACUGAAGUACCAGAACAAGAUGAUGAACUGUAUAAUCCAGAGAGUGAACAAGAUAAAAACGAGAAAAAGGGAUCAAAAAGAAAAAGUGAUCGAAUGGAAUCUACUGAUACCAAACGACAAAAGCCUUCUGUCCAUUCAAGACAACUGGUUUCUAAGCCACUGAGCUCAUCUGUUAGCAAUAACAAAAGAAUAGUUAGUACAAAAGGAAAGUCAGUCACAGAGUAUAAAAAUGAGGAAUAUCAAAGAUCUGAAAGAAACAAGCGUCUAGAUGCUGAUCGGAAAAUUCGUCUAUCAAGUAGUGCCUCCAGAGAACCUUACAAGAAUCAACCUGAAAAAACCUGUGUCCGGAAAAGGGAUCCUGAAAGGAGGGCCAAAUCUCCUACGCCAGAUGGUUCUGAGAGAAUUGGGCUUGAAGUGGAUAGACGUGCAAGCAGAUCCAGCCAGUCUUCUAAGGAAGAAGUGAACUCUGAAGAAUAUGGCUCUGACCAUGAGACUGGCAGCAGUGGUUCUUCUGAUGAGCAAGGCAACAACACUGAGAAUGAGGAGGAAGGAGUGGAAGAAGAUGUGGAGGAAGAUGAAGAGGUAGAAGAAGAUGCAGAAGAAGAUGAAGAGGUGGAUGAAGAUGGAGAGGAGGAGGAGGAAGAGGAGGAGGAAGAGGAAGAAGAGGAGGAGGAGGAGGAAGAAGAAGAAUAUGAACAGGAUGAGAGAGACCAGAAAGAGGAGGGAAAUGAUUAUGACACUCGAAGUGAGGCCAGUGACUCUGGUUCUGAAUCUGUUUCCUUCACAGAUGGGUCCGUCAGAUCUGGUUCAGGCACAGAUGGAUCAGAUGAGAAAAAGAAGGAAAGGAAGAGAGCUAGAGGCAUAUCUCCAAUUGUUUUUGAUAGAAGUGGAAGCUCUGCAUCAGAGUCAUAUGCAGGUUCAGAAAAGAAGCAUGAGAAAUUAUCAUCUUCCGUUCGUGCUGUCCGAAAAGAUCAAACCAGUAAACUCAAAUAUGUGCUUCAGGAUGCAAGAUUUUUCCUCAUAAAGAGUAACAACCAUGAGAAUGUGUCUCUUGCCAAAGCUAAGGGUGUAUGGUCCACGCUCCCUGUAAAUGAGAAGAAAUUGAAUCUUGCAUUUAGAUCUGCAAGGAGUGUUAUCUUAAUAUUUUCUGUCAGAGAGAGUGGAAAAUUUCAAGGGUUUGCAAGACUUUCUUCAGAAUCACAUCACGGAGGAUCUCCUAUACACUGGGUGCUUCCAGCAGGAAUGAGUGCUAAAAUGCUGGGAGGUGUCUUUAAAAUUGACUGGAUUUGCAGGCGUGAAUUACCCUUCACUAAGUCGGCUCAUCUCACCAAUCCUUGGAAUGAACAUAAACCAGUAAAGAUCGGACGUGAUGGACAGGAAAUUGAACUUGAAUGUGGAACCCAGCUUUGUCUUCUGUUUCCCCCCGAUGAAAGUAUUGACUUGUAUCAGGUCAUUCAUAAAAUGCGUCACAAGAGAAGAAUGCAUUCUCAGCCCAGAUCACGAGGACGUCCAUCCCGUCGAGAACCAGUCCGGGAUGUGGGAAGGCGUCGACCAGAAGAUUAUGAUAUUCAUAACAGCAGAAAGAAACCAAGGAUUGACUAUCCCCCUGAGUUUCACCAGAGACCAGGGUAUUUAAAGGAUCCACGAUACCAGGAAGUAGACAGUUUCACAAAUCUUAUUCCCAACAGACGAUUUUCAGGAGUUCGCCGAGAUGUGUUUUUAAAUGGGUCCUACAAUGAUUAUGUGAGGGAAUUUCAUAACAUGGGACCACCACCACCUUGGCAAGGAAUGCCCCCUUACCCAGGAAUGGAACAACCUCCACACCAUCCUUACUAUCAGCACCAUGCUCCACCUCCUCAAGCUCAUCCCCCUUACUCAGGACAUCAUCCAGUACCACAUGAAGCAAGAUACAGAGAUAAACGAGUACAUGAUUAUGAUAUGAGGGUGGAUGAUUUCCUUCGUCGCACACAAGCUGUUGUCAGUGGCCGGAGAAGUAGACCCCGUGAAAGAGAUCGGGAACGAGAGCGAGACCGCCCUAGAGAUAACAGACGAGACAGAGAGCGAGAUAGAGGACGUGAUAGAGAAAGAGAAAGAGAGCGAUUAUGUGAUCGAGACAGAGACCGAGGGGAGAGAGGUCGAUAUAGAAGAUAAUGGGCUUUUGGAAGCACUGAUUGUUUAAAGAUACAAAAAAUCUUGUAUUUUUUUUUUGUGUGUGUUUACAAGUAGUAAAUUUAUUUUCAGCUGUCUACCUAUAAAGUUCAUUGUGUAGAAGGAUUUAUUAUGACCCCCUUUGUUCCAAGCAUGCAGUAUCAUAAGAACUGGAAAAACUCAAAUCCGCCAAAAAUCCACAGUUGACAGUUGAAUUGACACUUUUAUUGGGGCAGAAUGGAACAGUCCAAGAAUGUAGAUAUUGAUUCUUUCUCCAUAAAUGUUCUUAUAGUGUGUUCAUCCUAGAGUUAUUUUUCUGUUUGUUUUUUUCUUUUUGGAUCUUGAUUGAUAACUGCCAUGAUAUUUUGCUUUGAUGUGUUUCUACAUGUAGUUGCACACGGUUCAGUAAAAAUAAUGCUGCUAUCAAGUAUGCAAAUGUUGAAGUAUGAUGGUUUGACUGUAUGGCAGUGUUGUAGCAGCCUCUUGUUUUUUUCCCCAUUGCCUCUUUUUUAAAAAACUUAUAAAGUCACUUUUUAUUUUUCCUCAGUCUUCAAUGAUGAGAGCAAUAUUAAGAAGACAUUGCUAUCUAAUUUUUAAUCUUUUUAAAUGAAAAAUUCCUAUGUUCAGUAGCGUGGUUGAUGCUAUUGUUUAGCCUUCCCCUCCAAAUUGUAUUCAUUGGCUUGGAAUGUUCACAACUUGCGUGCGUGGCAGCGGAAGACGAUUCCCAUAUUCUACAUUGCUACUGUUUUGUAUAAAAUAAAUUGGUAAAGAUUGAUGGUUA